AUGGACGACCUCUAUGAUGAGUUCGGUAACUACAUCGGCGAUGCAGAAUCCGACGAGGAGCAUCAUGAAGAUGUACAGCCUCAAGCCUUCAAGUUCGAUGAGGCUUUCGAUGAUGAAGAAGAAGAGGAAGUUAAUGAUCAACAACUGAUGGAAAUCGAUGAGGGUCCUUCGAAUGCGGUCAUAUUGCACGAAGACAAACAAUACUACCCCAGCGCACAGCAAGUGUACGGCGAGGAUGUCGAAACCAUGGUCCAGGAGGAAGAUGCCCAGCCAUUAUCAGAACCCAUUAUUGCUCCUGUCCAGCAGAAGAAAUUUGCGAUCUCAGAGACCGAACUCCCACCCGUACACUUCGAGAGAGAGUUCAUGUCCGAUCUUUUGAACUUCCCAGCACAGACCAGGAACGUUGCAAUUGUUGGUCACCUGCACCAUGGAAAGACUGCUUUUAUGGAUAUGCUGGUCAAACAGACUCACGACCUAACAGAGCGGCUGGAGAAGCGCACAGGACGGAAGAGAGAAGAACAACUGCGAUACACCGAUGUCCAUUUCCUAGAGAGAGAGCGUGGUCUCUCAAUCAAGUCAGCACCGAUGAGUCUCGCAAAUCUCACCUGCUCAACCUCCUUGAUACCCCCCGGGCAUGUGAAUUUUGUCGACGAGGUGGCUGCCUCUAUCCGCCUAGCUGAUGGCGUGGUACUGGUUGUGGAUGUUGUUGAAGGUGUUCAAGCGAACACUGAGCAAAUUAUCAAGCAUGCAGUAUUGGAAGAUCUCCCAUUGACCUUGAUAGUCAACAAGAUGGAUCGACUCAUUCUUGAGCUCAAACUUCCUCCCAAUGAUGCUUAUUUCAAAUUGAAACAUGUGAUUGAAGAAGUUAAUACAAUCAUUGAAAACAUUUUGCCAGGGCAAGGCGAGCGACGACGACUGAGCCCCGAGAAGGGCAAUGUUGGAUUCGCAUCAAGCUCAAUGAACUGGUGCUUUACAUUGCAGUCAUUUGCCCGGAUGUACGCAGACACCUACCCGAGCUUGGACUCGACACAAUUUGCUGCGCGACUUUGGGGUGACAUCUUCUACAAUCCCCAGAGCCGAAAGUUCACUCGCAAAGGAAUAGAGGAGAACGCAAAGCGGUCAUUCGUCAAGUUUGUCUUAGAGCCGAUCUACAAGCUCUACUCUCACACACUAAGCGAGAGUCCUGAGGAUUUGAAACAGACUCUGGCUAGCGUCGGCGUCAAUUUGAAGCCAUCUCAGCUCAAGACCGAUGCCAAGGAGCUGCUCAGUCUGGUCUGCGAGAAAUUCUUUGGACCCGCCACUGGCUUUGUGGACAUGGUUGUUCAGCACGUUCCUUCCCCGGUGGAAGGUGCCCAGAGAGCAUUGGAGCGAUACUACACUGGGCCUGUGGAUACCAAGGUUGGGGCCUCGAUGGUCGCUUGUAACCAAGACGGACCUCUGGUUAUCCAUGUCACAAAACUCUUCAGCAGUACCGAUGCUGGAAGUUUCUACUCAUUUGGAAGAAUUAUGAGCGGCACAGCGCGGCCUGGUCAGCAGGUCCGUGUCCUCGGCGAAGGUUACACCCCAGAAGACGAGGAAGACAUGGUGGUAGCAACCAUCUCCGACACGUGGAUUGCGGAAACGCGUUACAACAUCCCGACCAACGGUGUCCCCGCCGGAAACUGGGUUCUUUUGGGUGGCGUCGAUAACUCUAUUGUCAAGACCGCGACACUAGUGCCCCUGAAGCUCGAAGAUGACGAGGAGGCGUACAUCUUCCGCCCGAUUCGGCACAUGACUGAAUCAGUUUUUAAGGUCGCUGUGGAGCCGGUCAACCCAUCAGAACUUCCCAAGAUGUUGGAUGGAUUGCGGAAAAUCAACAAGAGCUACCCCCUCAUCUCAACCAAAGUUGAGGAGUCUGGCGAGCAUGUGGUUCUAGGAACCGGCGAGCUUUACAUGGACUGUGUGCUCCAUGAUCUCCGGAAACUUUAUUCGGAGAUGGAGAUCAAGGUCUCCGACCCCGUUACACGCUUCUGUGAGACCGUGGUGGAAACCUCAGCCAUCAUGUGUUACUCGAUCACUCCGAAUAAGAAGAAUAAAAUCACAAUGAUUGCGGAGCCAUUAGAUGAUGGGAUUGCAGAGGAUAUUGAGAGUGGCAAGGUUAAUAUCAAGGACCCUAUUCGGAAGGUUGCUCGAUACUUCGAGGACAAUUAUGAUUGGGAUAAGCUUGCAGCCCGAAGCAUCUGGGCGUUUGGGCCCGAUGAAAUGGGUCCCAAUAUUCUCCAAGACGACACUUUACCCUCUCAAGUGGAUAAGAAACUUCUUGGUACCGUCAGAGACUCUAUCACUCAAGGAUUCAGCUGGGGUACACGGGAAGGCCCUCUUUGUGAAGAACCCAUUCGAAACACAAAGUUCAGGCUUACGGAUGUGUCCCUGGCUGAUCAGGCUAUCUACCGCGGUGGAGGCCAGAUUAUUCCCACAGCCCGCCGUGCUGUCUACUCCUCCUUCCUCAUGGCGUCUCCCCGUCUUAUGGAGCCGAUCUAUUCUUGCACAAUGACAGGACCUGCAGACGCAGUGGCUUCUGUGUACACAGUCUUGUCCCGCCGAAGGGGUCACGUCUUGUCAGACGGCCCCAUCGCGGGCACACCUCUUUACUCCGUACGUGGCUUGAUCCCAGUGAUUGACUCAUUCGGAUUUGAGACCGAUCUCCGAAUUCACACCCAAGGUCAAGCUAUGGUAAACCUUGCGUUCGAUAAGUGGAGUGUGGUUCCUGGUGAUCCACUGGACCGUGAUAUCAAACUCAAGCCCUUGGAGAUGGCCCCUGCCAUGGCCACUGCUUGGGACUUUGUCUUGAAGACACGGAGGCGCAAGGGUCUGGCCGAAGAUGUCACUGUGAGCAAGUUCUUGGAGCCAGAGCUUUGGAAGGGAUUGAAGGAAAGUGGUGUGCUAGAUUCAUGA